AUGGACGGCGGCAGCAGCGACUCUCAGCCAGUGACGGCGAAACUCCGGGCUUCUCGUCGGCGCCCGCCGCGUGCUUCACGUGCCUGCGAGACUUGUCGGGUGCGCAAGACCAAGUGCGACCAAGCCCAACCGUGUUCCUAUUGUGCUUACCAUUCACUGGACUGCUUCUAUCGCGCUGCUGGCCCCAAUGAGGCUUCAUCAGCAGCAAAGAGGCAGGCGCAAAUCCGAGAAGCUCAAAAAUCGAAGACCCGCCCAUCACCAUGGCCAGAUGUGAGCCAGGGCAACCAAAGUGGCUUUCACCAGAGUGACUCUCCGGACCAUUAUACCCCACGAGUUGCGCGAAGCGUUGGCAAUAUCAAUGCCAGCUCACCUACUGUUUUUACCCCUAAACGUGAUGAUGAUAGCAUAGUUGCUGCCACCCCUGAGCUAUGUGACUCGGCAUCCAGAGAUGGUUUGAGUGGGGUCAAUCUCCACACCAAUGGCACGGAGUUCUAUGGCAAUUCGUCGAAUCUCGCUUUCUUGGGAAAUCUAUAUGCUCGGGCCCGUAAUCAUGCAGAGACCAAGCCUUUAACCAUUCCCGACAACGAGCCUUCGUUCCCGACGAACGGUGGAACUAAUGCGGUACUCAAUUCAUUAUCAGACAAGGCAGCCGCAGACCAUUUGACCCCCAACUCUCCAGCAGACAAGCAGUCGGAAAGUUCACAGACGAACAAGGCACAGCUUUCGAUAGUGAACCUGCUGUAUAAUCCGAAAUACCCUAGUCACUCCCCGCCACAAAUGACCGGUGGCGCCGAGGAUGAUAGACAGGGGAGGAAAGAGAAUGCCGAAGGCACCAGAGCUAAUGCUCCAAGCUAUCAACCUGACUUUAAGGCAGAUCACCGGUAUGAAUUGACAUUUCUUAUUGACAGGCUUUCAGAUGAGGCACAACUGGAAAUCGAGAAAAUGUUCAUCAGCAGCUACUUUUGCAACAAGCAUUAUAUUCAUCCUAUGCUGUGCAAGACGAACUUUAUGCGGCGUUGUGAGAAUGAAGCUUUUGUCCUGCCCAGGCGGCCAGGAUUCUUACGCGGAAUAUCAAAGUUCUCAGGACUCUAUUUCUCCGUGGUUGCUCUGGGUGCCAUAAACGCUAGCCCGCACGAGACAGCUCUGCUUGAUCACUAUUGCAAUUACCUUCCUUAUCUGGGCAAGCCCGGUGCUACGAGCAAGCCUUCGUCAUUAGACUUUGCAGACUACUACUUUGGAAAGGCGAAACAAGCGCUAGGUGAUUUGUUUGAGAGCUGUAGCCUAGAGAGUGCACAAGCUCUUUUGCUGCUGAGUGUCUUCUGUCAAAAUGCGCUGCGACCGCAUAGCUGCUUCAUGUACAGCGGCAUGGCAGUAAGGACUGCAGUCGCUAUUGGGCUGGCAUCGGGCAUGUCGUCUGUGUCCCUUGAUACACGGAAGGAGGGCAGAAGGACUUGGUGGUGUAUCUACUCUCACGAAAUUGAGAUGUGCUGUUCCUCGGGGCGGUUAGACAGCAUGAAAGAUCUCCAAUAUUAUCAGGUUUCACUACCAACGCUGAAGGCUACGCCUGGUAAUCUACUCGACCCCGAUGCAGAAGACGACCACGUCGCUAUGAUACCAGCGAUGGUAGCUCUGGCCCAAAUAAUGUCCGAAGCAUCUCAUCUUCUCUACCACUCACCGAAGCGAUCUAUGAGCGAAAUGUCGCAGAUCGCAAUGAGUCUUGACAACAAACUGCUCGCAUGGAAAGCCACACUGCCGCACGUCUUGGAUAUUGAUGCGGCUUCACUCAACGACACCGAAUGGGCCUUUAAACAGAAGCUAGUCUUGAGAUUAAGAUUCUACAACACCCGCAUCCUAAUACACCGACCAUUCCUCGCCGCAUCAGCAUCCAGCACCGAGUCCUCUAAUCUACUCCAACACCUACACACCUGCCUCGACGCUGCAAGAACCAGCAUCCAGAUGCAAUACGAAUCCUUCCUACAUAGAAUUUACAUUCGAACCUGGUGGUACAACACAACCUACGCCCUCUACGGCGCCAUGAUCCUCCUCCACCUCGUCCUCUCCGGCUUCCCCAGCAUCCGCGACGAAGACCUCCUCCUCGACGUCGAAAAAAGCCUCGACAUCUUCGAAUCCAUGAACAACAUCGUCGUCGCGCGCCGCUGUGCCGAAAUGAUCCGCGAGGUUCUCGAAGUCGCGCGCGCAUGUGUCGCACGCCGUCGUUCUUCCCUCGUACCGUCAGCAGCAGCACAUACAUCAAUGCUAGCUCCCCCGCCCACAAGUCUUGGUAUAGAUACUGCCACUGCUGCUGCUACUGACCCAACAGCUGUGCACAACCGGGCGGAUAACCUCACAGGAAUGGUCCCACCCAGCACAGACAGCGACUUCUUCUUCUCGCUGUUCAACCAGGAUUCACAGCCAGAUACUCGUGCCGAGAUAUUGGCUAAUUUGGUCGAUCCUACGAUAUUGGAGGACUUUGCGUUUGGGAGUGGGGGCAGCGAUUUUUCGUUUUUCUUGGGGUCUUGA